AUGGCGCCUUUGCUUGUGUUUACCUGUGUUGCUGAUGGGUUUGGUUAUUGUCUCCCCUUCUUUCUAGCUGGGUUGCCCUUUCUCAUCAUUGAAACAAGCACAAUCCAGCCCUACCAGCGGGGCUUCUACUGCGAUGAUGACAGCAUCAGGUAUCCGCUGAAGACGAUGGAGACAAUCAAUGAUGCAGUGCUAUGUGCUGCAGGCAUCCUCAUUGCUAUCCUCGCUAUUAUAACGGGAGAGCUCUACCGCAUCCACUACCUGAAGGAGAAGUCGCACUCCUUUAUCCAGAACCCCUAUGUGGCAGCGCUCUACAAGCAGGUGGGCUGCUUCGUUUUCGGCUGUGCCAUCAGCCAGUCCUUCACAGACAUUGCCAAAGUGUCCGUCGGGCGCUUGCGGCCGCAUUUCUUGGACGUCUGCAAUUUGGAUUUCUCCACCAUCAACUGCGCUAAGGGAGUUUACAUCCAAAACUACACCUGCAGGGGAAACGACAGCAAGGUCCAGGAAGCCAGGAAAUCCUUCUUCUCGGGGCAUGCAUCCUUCUCCCUCUACACCAUGCUGUAUUUGGUGUUUUAUCUGCAGGCCAGAUUCACGUGGAAGGGAGCCCGCCUGCUCCGUCCCCUCCUCCAGUUCACCCUCAUCAUGAUGGCGUUUUACACCGGCCUGUCCCGUGUGUCGGACCACAAGCAUCACCCCACCGACGUGCUGGCAGGCUUUGCACAGGGAGCCCUGGUGGCUUACUGCGUGGUGUUUUACGUCUCGGAUCUCUUCAAGCCCAAGACAAAGACUUGCCUGCCUCCACCUCCCAUCCGGAAGGAGAUCCUUUCACCUGUGGACAUCAUUGAGCGGAAUAACCAUCACAACAUGGUGUAG